GCCGGGGUUAGGAGUGUCAUUGGGACAUUAUGGAAGGUCAACGACAGUACUGUGCAGCGCUUAGUUGAAGCAUUCUACCAAAACUUUUGUGGGGAUGGAAAAAUGAAUCCCAAACGAGCUGCCUGGGCGCUGCACCAGGCAGUCCAUUCGUUGGCUUGUGACAAAGAAAUACCAUUGGACCAGCGCAUAGUGUUCAUGCAUAUCGGCAUAUCCAUGGUUACUAUAUAAUGUACAUUUCAUCUUUCAGACUUCGGGACUGCGUACCACCUGCCCUGUGCACCCAAUGCAGACUUCUAUUUAUAUUCGCAAUCUGUUGCCUCAAAGCUAGAUGUGACCGUUUUAUGCUCUGCUACCAGUGUUAUUAUCAACAUCUAGGUCUGGAAGAGGACAACGACUUCCACUCUGGUGGGAAAGGGAUCGCGGAGAUAUCUUGUUUCCUGCUCUUGCGCUAUCGUGAAGUGCAACAGUAAGUGCGUUAGAUUUUGUGUCAAUUAUAACCUGCGCUUGAGAGUUGACUGACUCGCAGCGACUCGACUCAUUCUGACAUCCAAAUGUAUAUUGCAGAGCCAUUGAUCAUUCUUUGCGAGAUAUUUUGUUGUAGUGGACGCAGACGCAGGUGAUUCUGAGAUGGAAGAUAAGAUGGUUCAUAAUUUACAGUUUGGCCACUGGUAGUAAUUCUGAGCGCGUUUAUUGUGUCAAUGCGAGCUCUUGAUUUUACGAAGU